AUGUCUUCAAUCCUCCGCACCACCGCCCUCCGCGCCAGCACAAUCCUCACCCGCACUGCCCCUGCCGCGGCCGCCCGUCCCAUCAGCACCUCCCCCGCCCUACACAAGACCGUCACCGAGACCGUCAAGGACGCCGUCAAAGCCGUUGACCAGACAGCCGCCAACGUAGCCGUCAAGGGCCUCGAAACCGCCGAGAGCGUCACCGAGCAGACCAAGAAGACACUCGGCUCCACCACCGGCACAGCGAGCGAGCAGGCAUCACAGGUAGCUGGAAAGACGAAGGAAGUUGGAGGCGAUGCCGCUGGAACUGCACAGGAGUACGCUGGGAAGGCGGCGGGAACCGCGAAGCAGUAUGCUGGAAAGGCAGCGGGGACAGCGCAGGAGUAUGCUGGAGAGGCCACGGGGAAAGCACAGGAGAUGACGGGAAGCGCGAAGGGGACGGCGAGCGAGUAUAGUGGGAGUGCCAAGGGGACAAAGGAGGAAGUUAAGGGGACUGUGAAGGGGAAGGCCAAUGAGGUUGCGGGAAAGGCAAAGGGGGCGAUGAAUGAGGCGACUAAGCCAUAG